AUGGCAGGCACAUGGGGAAGCGGUUCCGACAGUCCGCCAGAUGUCUGGGGCAGCUUUUGCACAGUGCUGCAUACGGACUAUAGCGAGCUCGAGCCGCUCCUGGACCGCGUCGACCUUGACGAUCUGGUCGCACUGCGAAGGACGAUCCACCGGUGUGUGGAACACCAAGUGGAGAAACAGUUCGUUGAGGCCCAGACGGAGGCGGAGAAUGCCGCCACAAGCUCUACGUCGGGGGCAGCUCCACAGGUCGCACCGCCCGGUGCGCCGGGUGCAAAGAGUCCCACAACGGGCCCACCGCCGCAGCUGGUGGUUCCAGUGACGAUGUCCGUCGCGGCCAAGCAGUUCGCGAAGGCGGACCCACCUCCCCUGAAGGCGAACCCUCCGCCCUUGAGCAAAAAGGGUACGGGAAAAACGGCCGCCAAGACCGGGUCGCCGCCUGCGAAAGCUACGGAGCCGAGCUCUUCUUCGUCGAGUUCGCAGCCCAAGCCAGUGCAGGUGAAGGCAACCCCGGCGCAGGUGCAGCAGAUGUUCGCUGGCAACGUGCAGCCAGCGACGGCCGAAGACGCGAUCGCCAUGAUGCAGGCCGCAGACGCCGCCACCAAGGUCGCCGAGGUCCCCGUGGUCGACCUCAACACUAUGGACGACGACUUGGCCGACCCGCCCAUGCCGCCACCGGUGCAGUCCCCGCCCACGAAGGCCAUGCCACAGGUCGCCAAGGCCACAGCGACUACGACACCGGGGACCACGACACCAAGUUCGGCGCCGGCGCCGGCCGCAGAUGACAGCGUGGGGGCCGCUUCGAGUUCGCAGCCCACGCAGGGCAACAACACAGAUGGGCCGCAGGCACAUGGCAGCCAGGACGCCCCUCCGCCUACCUCUACGUUCCCGAGCGGUUCGCAGACUCAACGAGGUCGACGUCCGGCACCCAGGCCGGCAGUGGACCCUCCGAACCUUGAGGCCGCACUGUCGUUCGGCCCGCCCGGCCCGAUCAUGGCCACGCAGUUCUUGCUGGCUGAGGGCCUGUCCGCGGAGGAACCGGGCAGGGCGUACAUAAGGUCGCCCGGCUACGAGCUGCCGCAGCCCCAGAGUGCGCGGAACCAGUCGCUCGGCUACUCUACGGUACAGGGGGGUUCAAUGUGGCAAACCCGCGCUGUCUCCGCAGUCUCGUCUCGAGCAGUCAUGUUUCAUGUCACAUGCCCCCACGAGAGAACCUCGUUCGCGAGCCUAGUUCAUGUGCUGGGGUCUUUGGACCUUCACUCUGCUCUCGAGCCUCUCCGAGCACGCGGCGUUAAGUCCGCAUCUGACCUGGAAAAUACACCCAAGACACAGCUACGGCAGUGGAUCGGCGACCAGGCGGUCGACAAGCUUUUCAACCGUUCGGUGGUCCGAUCCAGGUCCAGGGCAGACGCCCCAGUGGUUCACCCGUACCAACGAGGGUCGCGCAGCUUGGCUGCCUCAGUACAGUCAGAGAGUGCCUUGGCUUCGGCCGACGCGGCUUUCCAGGAGGAUAAGUUCGCAAAAACCUCCAGAGGUCCGCGGGAAUCUCGUUGGAAACUUUGGUGUUCUCUCGCAGAGCAACGGAACCUUCCCCCUCUUCCAGUCACGGUCGAGCUUAUCGACAAGAUUGGCGCUCUUUUCAAGCAAGCCAGGUACCGUUCGGCCGCGCAGUACUAUAGUGUGGCGAAGGGCGAACACCGUUCGCAGGGGCACGACUGGUCGCCGGCCCUGGAUCACGCUGUUGCUCAAGCUGUGCGGUCGAUCACACGAGGGAAGUUCGACAGCGACAUCGAGGCAGCCUAUGCACGCCUGCAAGUGCCGUCGGCUGCCAGGAUCGAAUACCCCUCAGACACAGGUAUUGUGGCCGCGUGGUUUCUCCUUCGCGGAUGUGGCCGCAGUGGUGACGAGGCCCUCCUCUUCACGCCGUUGCAGCAAUGCGACCUCCACGAAUGGCCCCGUCAAGUUCUGCAGCGGUGGGCCCAACACGCCUUCCGCGUCGCUGGCGCGCAACUGUUCGCACGGGCCGACCUCGACCUACAUGUCAUCAUGCUGCUGGGCCGUUGGGGAAGCGCUGCUAUCUAUCGUUAUGUUCAGGUUCGCAGGCCCCGAGAUCAGGCCAGCUGGCGCUAUUGCCGGCAGCUCUCGACCAGGUCGGCUGCGAUGGCGGCGACGGCAACCUUCGACGAGUUGUGCGACAAGGCCGCAGUGCACCCGACGGUUCGCUUACUCUUCAAGGCCAGAGGGGUCGACGUCCCAGGAGUGAUACACCACCUCUUCUCGGACCGCUCCAAGAUCCAGGCCCUCUUGGACCCGCUGAGAACAGGCGUCGAGUUGGCAGGAGACACAAAGAAGCGGUCGGCCGACGAGCUCUUGAUCGACCAGGCCACCGUUCUUGAGCUGCUGGACGUGAUAGCGGCGACGAAAACAGCAGCCUCCCCAGCAGCCCCGGCCGCACCGGCAGCUUCUACUACGUCGACGAGUUCGUCGGACAGGUCCCAGGAGUUGCCAGCCAGCUACUGGAACGACUUCGUGACCGAGUACGAGACCGCGGUGGUCGACGGCAGGAACCGCAAGUUUCCGGCUCACUUGUUGGUAGGAUCCGAGAAGACCUUGGGCCGCAUGGUCGCAGAGAAGAAAUCAGGGCUCUACACCGCGCUGGCCCUCGGCGAGAUUCUCUUUUCGCGCCAUUUCACAGCAUCCAAGCAGGUUAACCCGUUCUCGUCUACUACAAAGCCGGAGACCUCCAAGCUGUUCGCGUCAGAGGACGGCACCCUCUCCAAGGCCUGCAAGUUCGCGUUCAUGUUCGCACGUUGGGGCCCGAACCCGGAGGUCGCAGACUACUUCGCCUUCUGGGAAGACUUGACGAGGGACAACCCGUCAAAGUUCGGCCAGAUCCGCCUCUACUGGAAGAAGGCGUCCUGGGAAAUGGCCAUGGCCCUGCGCUCCGGGAAGACGUUCGCGCAGGCGGCCGCCGAGGUAACCUCCCCGCAGGCCAAACAAGACGCUAUGAGUCGCUGGGUGCCUCCGGACCGUCCCUUCAAAGGCAAUGAGAAAGGAGGUGAGAAAGGAAAGAAAGGGGAUAAGGGCACCGGCAAAGGCAAGACAGGUCGCCCUUCCCCGUACUGGCAGCAACAAGCCCCACAGUCUGCUGGAUGGGGACAGCAGCAGUCCGGCCAGCCCCGCCAACAGUGGGAGCGUUCCCCCGCCUCCGUCCGCCUAGGGACAGCUCGGUACAUGCCCCGCAGCAACAGGUCGCUGUCAUCCAACGUCCCGCCCGUGGACAACACAGUGGCUCUACUCAUCUUGCACCGACCAGCUCCACACCACCUCAUUCACAACAACCUCGAUUCCCGGCCCGUCCUCUCUUGGUCGUGGGAGCUCGACCCUGAGGCCAUCAAGGUCGCGUCUUCUCAACACCCCGAGAUGAUACACCAUGGCGAUGUGUUCGGCCGCAAGCCCCAAGAGGUACUUGCCGCUCUCUCUGCUUCAGUUCCCAAGGACACGGUGGUCUUGCUGUUCGCUGCUCCGCCCUGUCACGAUUUUUCCAGGAUCCGGAGUGAUCCCCCAGGUACACAAGGUCAGAAAGGCUCCAAGUUUGUCCGGUUCGCCGAGUGGCUGAAGGAUUUCGCUAAGUCUUCUAGCUUUCGGGUUCUGUUCCUGGUGGAAAACGUGUACAUGUCAGCCUCGCAGCAGCAGGAACUCGACAGGGCCUUAGAGUGCAGAGCGUUCGCAUGCGAUGCCGCAAACUGGGGCAUCGUGUCGCGCCCGAGACUAUGGUGGUCGAACGUGGUCUCCCCCCCACCGGAGAACGUCCGCGAGCCACCGGUGGUUUUGGGGGGUCAGUCGCGCUGGCGACGACUGAACCGACACUGGGAGAUGUCGCAGGCAAGACAGACCUACCCGACCCUGCAACCCGUGAGUGGCUACAGAGUCGCCCGACUCCUGGUUCUCUUGGUUCUUUGCCAGGCCGGCGUCAUCGACGCACACCCGGUUCGCGUGGAGGAGUGGUACCCAAAUGUGCCAGACCCGUGUUUCCAGAUACGGUGGCAUCCAGACGGGAGCCGCCCGCUGCAGCGGGUCGCCUCUUGGUGGCGACGGUCCACCCUUCAGUGGGACCCCAAUGAGACACAGCCCGACGAGCUCAGGCCACCAGGCUCAGGCUCAGCAGCCCACUUUCUGUGGGCCCAGAAGUUGACGUUCGCCGACGUUUUUCCAGCACCUCUUAACCCGUGCUUAGCUUGGACUUUCCACGUGCAAGCCAGGUUAGGCCUCAAGGUCGUUCAGGUUCGCCAAUCAGUCCUUCAAGACCUCCAAGACCUUGUCGCCGAGCUCCAGGAGGACCAGGACGAAGCACUCCAAGCUCUCCCGGCACACGUGGCCGCGGUUUACAAGCAAGGUUCCCCACAACUGAGGUUCCAACUCUUGCCGUUGGCGUGGCUCCUCGACCUCUGCCAGUUCCCAGGUCGCAGCGAGCUCCUGACAGAGUUGUUCUGGGGUUUUCGGUUACUAGGCCCGGUUGUUCGGGGUUCGGGUUGGUUGAACCGCGACGACGCCAAGUACUCUCGGCCGUUGGCCAAGCAAGACUUCGUGGUCGCCAAUAGACAACUGGCACUCGCCUGGCGACAACCCUCCGCUCAGCCUGAGCAUCAUGACGCUAUGAUCGCAGAACUCGAGAAAGAACGAGAGUUGGGUGCCUACAGGUCGCUCCCGGUUCGCGAGCCUACGGAAUGCGGCCUAGUGAUGCCAGGAGUGUCCCCGAGCCUCUGGUCGCACAAUGCCCUUCCUUUCGGGUCCGUUGGAUCAGUGUGGGCAUACCUUCGGGUCGCGGAUGUGGUCUCGUUCCUGACCAUUACACUGCUCCUGAUGUUCGCGGCACACUACGUGGACGAUUUCUUCUCGCUCGAACGUUCCAGAACGGCACUGUCAGGGUUCGCGGUGUUCCAAGCAUUCCACAGGGUGUUGGGCUUUCGCAUGAAGGAGGAGAAGUCGAAGGAGCCUCGGUUCGAGCAGACUCUCCUGGGCAUAGAAUGGACCAUCACAGCCGAGGCUCUUUUCGCCUCGCCGGGAGCCGCAGGGAUGACACAGUCGCUUCACCAGCUUCGAAACCUGUUGCCUAGACUACAACCCAGACGGUUCGCAAUUAGUCAACACGAGCGCAAUAAGCCGGUCGCACAUUUGUUUGCUGAUGCAUUUCUGACAGUUCACGGAGUCCGCCGUGUUGCCAACAAGUGGCUGUCGGAACUUCCACCGCUCCAGGAGCUUAGCUCCGCCACGAACGGCUUCGGCUCGAUCGUUGCCUUACCUGGCCGCCGCCCUCUGGGUUUCAGAGGAGAAGUACCGGCUUCCGUGCUAGCCGGCCUGGCCGCAUCCAGGGCGUACAUAUUUUGGUUGGAGGCAUUAGCACAGUUAGUGUCUCUGGCCGUCGUGUGUGACCUGGUCGACACGCACGUGUGUUGUUGGAUAGACAACACAGCGGCCGAGCACGCGCUCAACAAAGGAUACUCGAAAGACCUCCGACUCUCGGCUAUUAUUGGAGCUUUUUGGGUGUGGGCCGCCUCUAGGUCGCUUUCGGUGUCUUUUCACAGAGUCUCGAGCGAAGAGAACAUCUCCGAUGGCAUUUCCAGGGGAGAUCUCGGCGACCUUCAGGCCGCAAACGGAGACUUCUACGAGGUGUCGUUCAAGGAAGUCUGGCCGCUCUUGGAACACUUCCGAGACGACUGCCGGAGGUACCAGGACGAGUUCGCUCAGGUGGUCGCGCUCCUCGUCGCAGCGAGCUUGCGACCUAGUUCGCCACCGUCCGGUUUUCCAGGUUUCCAUCUGAUGUUCGUGAAACGUUCGGUGCAUGUUACACGCUUCGGAGAGUUCGGGUGCAACAAGCGUGAGGAGCUGCUGACCACGGGUGAGGCUGGCAAGCACAUGUACUUUCUCCAAACUGGUACUUUGAAUUACAAGCAAGAAAAUGAGCCGGAGUACAGAACCAAGGCUGAACAGCUUUGGUUGGUUGAAGCUGCCUUGUGGUUAAAGUGGAUACAUGUGGGGACUGCUGAAAGCCUCACGCAUUGCGAGCUUCUGGGCUUGGACGUUGGCAAAGUGCAGGAUGUUCUCAAAGACGAGGCCACGGUGGCGACAUAUGCAAGGAAGUUUUGGAGGUAUUUCUCGGAGAACCCCGGCCUUCUCUCAGACGUUUGGAUGGGCGACCCCGAUGAUGAAGAGUCACCCCAUCACUGGGCUGCAAGUGCCUUCAGCCGUGCUGAAGAAAUUAUGGGCCGCAGCAUUCAGCCGGAGCCGCUGAGCCCCGUCUUUACAAGGUUCCUUGAUAGACUCCGUCGGGCGAGCAACGGCAUGCUGCGCCGUUUCUCUGUGGCGAGCAUCGACGUUGACGAUGCUGGACCUGCAGUCGCUGGCCCUGGAAAGCUGCCGCCACAGCUGCAGGCGCUGGUGGACCGGAUGCAGCUGCAGCGGCAGGAGGAAGCGGCUUCCGACUCCGACAGUGAAUCAGGACUUGGCGAUGAUUCCGAGGGAGAAGCGCCGCCGCCGCCGGUGGUAGCGAAGACGAAUCGAAAUGCCUCCAUAUGUGCUGUAGUGCCAGCACCUCCGGCACCACCGAACAGCAUACCGAGUCCCACUAGAUAA